AUGUCACCAGAUCAACAUCAACAAAUACCAGCUAAAGUUUUAGACGAUUUAUGCAGUCGUUUUAUUAUAAAUAUCCCAGCUGAACAACGUGAAGAUCUUGUUCGUGUAUUAUUUGCUGUUGAAUUAGCUCAUUGGUUUUUUAUUGAUUUUUAUUGUGAAGAUUAUAAUGAUUUACAUGUAUGCAAUAUAAAAGAAUUUGCUCAACAAAUUUUUUUACAUUGUCCAUUUUUACGUGAUUAUGUUCAUAAUCUUGAUAUUAUUCUAUCACGUUGGCGUGGUUAUAAAUUAAGUGUACCAACAUAUGGUGCAGUUUUAUUAGAUCCAACAUAUGAACAUGUUUUACUUGUACGAGGAUUUUAUAAUCGUGAAAGUUGGGGUUUUCCAAAAGGAAAAGUACAAGAAAAUGAAAGUCCAUUAAAAUGUGCUAUACGAGAAGUUAUGGAAGAAGUUGGUUUUGAUAUGAAAGAUCGUGCUUUUGAUGAUCAAUAUUUAGAACGUGAUCUUAAUGGACAACUUAUUCGAUUAUAUAUUAUUAAACAUGUACCACUUGAUACUAAAUUUGCUGCUAAAACAAAAAAUGAAAUUAAAGAAAUGCGUUGGUUUCGUAUAUCUGAUUUACCAUGUCAUAGACGUGAUACAACACCACAAGUUACAUUAGGUCUUAAUUCAAAAGCUUUUUUUAUGGUUAUACCAUUUAUAAAAGAUUUACGUCGUUGGAUAAAUCAAGAAUGUGGAAUUUAUUCAUCAUCAAAUGGUGAUUCAGAUAAUGCAAAUGAAUAUAUUAAACGACGUGAACAAGCUCAUUUACAUCAUCAUCAUUAUCCACAAUCACGACGUCGAACAACAACAUAUCAUGAAAAUAUAACACCAGCUAAUACACGACAAGCAACAAUAUUACAAAAAAUUUUUGGUGUUGAUCAUCAAACAUCUUCAUUUAUUCGUAAUAAUACAUCGAUACGUGAACAACGAAAAAAUUCACGAAAAAUUAUUGCUAAUCUUACAACACAAAGUGCUGAUGAACAACAAACAACAUUAUCAACAAAUAAACUUCAAACACAAUUAAGUGUACAAGAUACAAUUCAACGACAUUUUUGUCAAAUACUUAAAAAUGAUUCACUUACUGUUACUGAUAAUACAUCUAUUACAGAAACAUUACUUAUGAGAGAAAAUAGUUCAUCAACUCUGACAACAUUAAAUAUGAAUCAAUUAACUCCUUCAAUAUUAAAUGAUGACGAAAAUAAACAACCAUCAAAAAAUAAAACUAAUGAUUUAUUAUUAUUACAAAAAAAAGAAAAAAAAUCUUCAACACCAAUAAAAAAUCAAAUUCAAUAUCGAAUUUUACAACGUGGUCAACCAGAUGAACCAUCACCUAUAAUAAAAAAAUUACAAGUAAAAAAUGAAUUAGAUACAUUAGAAAAUAGUACAACAAUUAAAUCUCAACGUAAUCGACGACGUACUGAUCGACGUUUACAUAAUGAUAUAAAUCAACAACAACAACAACAACAACAACCAUUUUCAAAUUUAACAAAUAAUAAUUCUUCUAAUGGUUUAAAUUCUCAUACAUUUCGUUAUGGUGGUCCACGUUGUUGGACACAAUUUCGUCUUAAUCGUUCCGAAGUUUUUCGUUGUCUUCGCGAGUGA